CAGCUCCGCCAUAUUGCAGGAAAUCCGUCUGAGGUUUAGAGAUUAGCGUUUAAUCUGAGGAGCUGGAAACGAGAGUGUGAUUGGAAGUUACUGCUAGCCAUAUGGUUAGCUCGAGUGGGCGGGUAGAUCGCGCAAUCGCUGUUCUCACACGACAGGACAUAUGUUUAUUAAGACGAAUCGGCGCUGUUCGGCACGUUAUUAUUAUGCCGAACUCUCUUUUGAGAGUCUAGCUAAACUGGCGAGUUGACGUUCUGACUCUGAAAAGUGGAAAAUCGGAUUAACGUUCAAGAUUGCGCACCAAACCUUAAUCAUCUUGUGUCGCUGGCUCCCGUUGCUACGAGCCCAAGAUAUCUGAUAGAGAAAAGCUGAUAGAUAGAUAGGUCAAUGUCGGCAGGAAAACGCCGAGACCGGACUCGAUUCUACUAACGUUAGUUUAUCGGCGACGAUCGGUGCUUGUGUUUCUGUCAGCGAGGGCAAGCGAUCGAGUCCGUGUGUCUGCUGGCGAUGUUAUUAUGCUGCCCUGUGACCCGUGUACCCAACUGUUGUUCAGCGUUGACUAAAUUAGCUGUGUUCGAGCGCUAAACCAGCCCGCUGGUCUCAAUUUCAACAGUUCUCGGACCCUUCGGAAGCCACUGGCCGCUUUGCGAUCUCUCCUUCCUCGGACUGGCACCAGCAAACACGGAGGAUAUCUUUGCUCAUUUGCUGGCUAAUAAACCCUGACUGAACUGUGAGAAGAUGUCGACUAAAGAGCCGAAAGAAAAGCUCUCGACCACCGAACGAAUCAUUAAAACAGUGCCACUGCCUCCUCACCAGCGGCUGACAAUAAAGGACCUAUUUGUGGAUGGCAAGCCAAAUACCGAGCUACUAAAGAACCAUUUGAUCAAAGAGGGACGUGUGGAGGAGGACGCUGCGCUGCGCAUCAUAAACGAGGGUGCCAACAUCCUAAGGCAGGAGAAGUGCAUGCUAGAGGUGGAGGCACCAAUCACUGUAUGUGGUGACGUUCACGGACAGUUCUUCGAUCUAAUGAAGCUUUUUGAAGUUGGUGGUUCCCCCGACAACACGCGCUAUCUCUUCCUGGGCGAUUAUGUAGACCGAGGAUACUUCAGUAUUGAGUGUGUGCUGUUCCUGUGGACACUGAAGAUCAACCACCCCAACACCCUCUUCCUCCUCCGAGGCAACCAUGAGUGUCGGCACCUCACAGAAUACUUCACCUUCAAACAGGAAUGUAAAAUAAAGUAUUCAGAGAGGGUUUAUGACGCAUGCAUGGAGGCCUUCGACUGCUUACCUCUUGCAGCUCUUCUAAAUCAGCAGUUCCUCUGCGUUCACGGGGGCCUCUCACCAGAAAUCAACUGCUUAGAUGACAUUAGAAAAUUAGACAGGUUUAAGGAGCCCCCGGCGUUCGGGCCUAUGUGUGAUUUGAUCUGGGCCGACCCAGGAGAGGACUACGGCAGUGAGAAGACGGCAGAGCACUUUAACCACAACUCAGUCAGAGGCUGCUCCUAUUUCUUCAGUUAUGCAGCAGUUUGUGACUUUCUGACAAACAACAACCUGUUGUCAGUAAUCAGAGCGCAUGAAGCACAAGACGCAGGGUACAGGAUGUACAGGAAAAGUCAGACAACAGGCUUCCCUUCGUUAAUUACCAUUUUCUCAGCACCAAAUUACCUAGACGUCUAUAACAAUAAAGCGGCUGUGCUGAAAUAUGAAAACAAUGUCAUGAACAUUAGACAGUUUAACUGCUCUCCUCACCCGUACUGGUUACCCAACUUCAUGGAUGUGUUUACGUGGUCGCUGCCCUUCGUGGGCGAGAAAGUGACUGAGAUGUUGGUGAAUGUCCUGAACAUCUGCUCUGAUGAUGAACUCAUGUCAGAGGGAGAUGACUUGUGUGAAGCAGGUGGAGCUCCAGCUGUCCGUAAGGAGGUGAUCAGAAAUAAGAUCCGUGCCAUUGGGAAAAUGGCCAGAGUCUUUUCCGUUCUCAGGGAAGAGAGCGAGAGUGUACUGACCCUCAAAGGGCUCACCCCAACCGGAACGCUACCUCUAGGAGUGUUGUCUGGAGGCAAGCAGACCUUACAGAAUGCCACCAUAGAAGCAAAGGAGGGCCGAGCCAUCCAAGGCUUCUCUCCUACACGGAAAAUCCGCAACUUCGAAGAAGCUCGUGGCCUGGACCGAAUAAACGAACGGAUGCCUCCUCGCAAGGACGGCCAGCAACCUGACGGUACCACAGUUAACGCUGCCAAUGAGAAAAACGGCACUGACGGGAACGUGUAAGGGGAGAUUUUGCACUUUUCCUCUCCUCCAUAGCAUUGUCUCUUUCUCUGCCACGUUCUCCACAAGACAGACCCCUCGACUGCCGGGAUCCUGCAGAGGAGGGCCUGGGAUGUGGAGAGGAAUCAUUCCACGGACAGAGAGAGAAAUCACUUACAACUAAGUACAAACAAGAGAUUUUAUUUAUUAAAUGAGUUGUAUUAGAUGUACUUGAUAGCAACAUUUUAAAGAUGAGUGAACAUUUUGAAAGUGUGCAAAAAAACAAAAAACAAAACAGGUAUACAGUCACAAUGUGUCAACCUUUAAACUACAGUUUUGUAACUCGAGAGCAGAGAUGUGGGUUUAAGAUGCUGCACGGAUCAGAUGAUCUAGUUAAUCCCAGUUUUAUAAUAUUGUACGUCGCAACGUAUUUGGCAAGGGAUGGUUUGACUAUACUGAUGUAUGUUAUCAAGUCUGUAAGGGAUUUUAUUAAGACGAAAAACAAACCUAAGGGAAAUAACUUCAACUGUAGGUUCAUUGAAAAAUAUUUUAUAUCUACGAAAGUAAAACUGUUUAAUAUUACUCGUGAAAAUAUUAGCUGCUUUGGUUUCUGUGUGUCUAUUUCUACUUUGUCCAAAAACAGCCAGAUGACGCCACAUGCAAGCAGCCAUAACAUUGAUUUAAACAGAAGUUGUUUGAUUCUACAAAAGCAAAGCAUGUCUUAUGAAAGCCUCUCGUAAUCUUACUUCUGCAUCUGUACUUGAAGCUAUUUCAGUCUCUUUAGAAAUAUCAUUUGACAGUCUUUCAGACUCGCUUUCCCUCGUUUCUUUCUGACACACUUCUCUUUUUUUUUUUUUUUUUUUCUUUCUUAAAAAAUAUGAUAGAUGAGAUUGGCAUGCAACCAACCAGUUUUAUUUGUUAAUAUAUACAGUGAAAUCUGUUUAGUAUGCCUAUGAGCUCAUGUACACUUGUAACAGCCAAUGUGGGACGUGUGAAGUUGCUUUGAUCAACUCAAAAGCCAAAGUUUUUUUUUUUGUUUGUUUUUUGUGUGUGUAUGUGCUUUGCUGAGUUCACUGCCAGAGCUCUAACCAACCCUAAUAUAGGGUAUGAUGGGGAGGUAAUGAGGAAUAUUGCACUAAACGCAAGUGUUUGUAAAUAGAGAACAUCUACACGUAAUAUUGAAUAUCCUCUCUUUAAAGAAUGUCCUCCAGGCCAUCACUUAACGCAAAGUAUUCAGCUUUCGCUCGUACAGACUAUUGAUUUCAUCCAGUUCGUGCUUGAGACAUUAGCAAAGCAUGCUGAGCUUGAUAAACGUGUCGCGAACUGACUUGGUGGUUUGAGCUGUAACACUAUGUGAGGUAUUGUGGUAAGGUUUUUUAUUACAUGGCUGCUUGUUUUAACAGGUUUAGGGAAUGUUGUGGUAUGUCUCCACCUACUGUUGAGAUACAGAACUAAAAGAGACUAGAGGAAGAGCAUUAGGCCUUUUAAUGCAUGUUUUUAUUCAUUUUAACAGGAGCAGCAGGUUCAUCUGGUUUUAAAGCAGGUUUAAUCAGGAGUUUGCGAUGGUGUUGAAUGUCUGAUGCUAUGCACAUGAGCAACCCACCCCGUUUUCUGGAAGCAUUUGAAAUGUACAUUUUAGACAACAGUUCAUUUUGUACAAUUUUAGUUUUUUUUUGUGUGCGUGUGUGUGUGUGCGCGUGCGUUUUAUUCAGACCAAUUUUUUUCACUUUUAUUUUUUAUUUAAAUGCAGGACCGGUUCUUCACAUGAGAAUGAUUUUCAAAAUCGAAUGAUACGACUGAUAUGUUGUGCUCAUCUUUAGGUGUAUGAAUUCAGCUUUUAUGACAAAUAAAUGUGUGAUUCCAGCGCAACCUUCCAGCACACAGCAUUUUCUGAAGUGUGCAUGUGUUUCGCUGGAUCAUAUCAGUGCAGUGCAUCUGUGGACUCUGAAGGGAACAUUCGCUACGUUUAUUUGCAUGCAUUUCAAACGACACCAGUGGAAGUGCGCGGCUAAUCUGGGAUCGGUUCUACUGUUUUCCUUCGAAUGGUUUAACAGGGUGUGGGCUGGUCUUGGGAUACUGGCGACGUGAACUUCUAAUGGAAGGAUGAGGACGUUUGAAUUAAGUUUCUGUUUGCAUUUAAGAGUUGAAAUGUUGAGUAUUAGGCCUUCUUGGGCUCAGUGAAGUCCCUGAAACACAUCUGUGGGAAUGUGUAAAAAAAAAAAAAAAUGUUGUUUAUGCACAUUUAUAGCAUCGUUAAAAAUUAUAAUAUGGGGAUUUAAUUGAACGAGCAUUUUAUCAAGUACUUGUAACGCGAGGCCACCAUAAAUUUCUUGAUAUUAUGUAGAUGUAUCAGUUAAGAAGACAAAUAAAAACUGAAAUACUGUGGA